AUGCUCCCCACCCGCAUCGUGCUCUCGCGUUCCGGCACACUAGGCUGGAUCGGCCUCGGCGCCAUGGGCAACCCCAUGGCGACCAACCUCUUCACCAAAGCCACCGCCGCCGCCAAGGGCAGCUCCGAGAUGCCGUCCAUCGUCGUGUGCGAUCCGAGCGAGGCGAGCGUCGCCCAGUUCGUCGAGAACGUCCGCAAGGUCUCGGGCGACGCCGCCGCCGACCGCAUCAAGCGUGUCGACAACCCGAGGGAUGUCUCUGCCGAGGCCGCUCGUGUCUUCACGAUGCUCCCGUCCACGCCCCAGGUCGAGGCGGUGUACCUUGGCGAGAACGGUCUCCUGGCCGGUCUGCAGGGCGCGGACCAGACCUCGCUGUCAAAGGCGGCGACCGAGCUCCCCUGGCUCGUGGACGGCAAGAUCAUGAGCGGCGUCACGGACGCGUCGACUUUGUUCGUGGACCAGACGACGCUCGACCCGACGGGCGCGAAGCGCGUCGCCGACACGGUGCACGACAAGACGGGCCGCAAGGCGCUCAUGAUUGACGGGCCUGUUUCGGGAGGCAUCACCGGCGCCAAGGCCGGCACGCUCACGAUCAUGUUUGGUUCCGGCGACCCGGUUGCGUCCGAGCUGGCGACCCCGCUGAUGCAGCACAUGGCGCGCGAGGGCGGCGUCGUGCCGUGUGGCAACUCGGGUGACGGCGUGGGCGUCAAGGUCGUGAACAACCUGAUUCUCGCCAUCAACCAGAUCGCCCUCGGCGAGGGUCUCGCGCUCGCCAAGGCGCUCGGCAUCGACCCCGUGCUCAUGCACAACAUCAUCAACACGUCCUCCGGCCAGAGCUGGAGCUCAAAGGUCAACUCGCCCCUGCCCGAGGUCGAGGGUGGCCCCGGGGCGAGGGGGUACACGGGCGGCUUCCAGACCAAGCUGAUGCUCAAGGACGUCGGCCUCGCCCUCGCGGCCGCCGCGGCCAAGGCGCAGCCCACGCCGCUGACCUGGGCCUCGAAGAGUGUGUACGAGGCGACGUGCGAGGAGGGCGACGGUAGCAUGGCGUCGAAGGAUUUCUCCGUCGUUUACGAGUGGCUCAACCAGAAGCGCGAGCAGGGCGUCGAGGCGGGAUUCAAGAACGGCGGGCCUGGCGACAAGUAA